AUGGUCAACUCCUGUUGUGGCUCCGUCUGCUCUGACCAGGGCUGUGAUCAAGGCCAGGAGAACUGCUGCAGUCCCGGCUGCUGCCAGCCCACCUGCUGCCGCCCCAGCUGCUGUGUGUCCAGCUGCUGCAGGCCCCAGUGCUGCCAGUCUGUGUGCUGCCAGCCUACCUGUUGCCGCCCUAGCUGCCCUGUGUCUAGCUGCUGUAGACCUAGCUGCUGUGUGUCCAGUUGUUGCCGCCCCAGCUGCUGUGUGCCCAGCUGCUGCAGACCCCAGUGCUGCCAGUCUGUGUGCUGCCAGCCUACCUGUUGCCGCCCUAGCUGCCCUGUGUCCAGCUGCUGUAGACCUAGCUGCUGUGUGUCCAGCUGUUGCUGUCCCAGCUGCUGUGUGUCCAGCUGCUGCAGGCCCCAGUGCUGCCAGUCUGUGUGCUGCCAGCCCACUUGCUGCCGCCCCAGCUGUUGCAUCUCCAGCUGUUGCCGCCCCUCCUGUUGUGGCUCUAGUUCCUGUGGUUCCAGCUGCUGCAGGCCCAGCUGUUGCAUCUCCAGCUGCUGCCGCCCCUCCUGUGGGAGCUCCAGCUGCUGUGGUUCCAGCUGCUGCCGCCCCUGCUGCUGCCUCCGCCCAGUCUGUGGCCAAGUCUCCUGUCAAACCACCUGCUAUCGCCCAACCUGUGUCAUCUCCACCUGCCCCCGCCCCACCUGCUGUGCCACCCCUUGCUGA